AAAUCAGCUGCAUUUAUUUCUUCAAAUUCUUCCUCUCAGAAUUUUCUUUCAUGAAAUACAGGUUGUAGCUGGGCUACACACAGAUUCAGCUGAUUUACAUUGUGGUCACUAUUUUGUAUUUAAGGCCAUAACAGAGGUCACAAUAUGUCUUGCAAGUAAAGGAUGAUGACUUUUCAAUGUUGAUAGAAAGAAUACAGUCGAGAGCAGCAUUUGUAUCAGAAAGAAUCUGAACACUGGUGACUUCAGUUGUAUUUGGUCUUGCAUCUCUAAGCAGAACUGCCCUGCAUGUGGGAGGUCUCUUCAGUUUGAUGUGAGGGAGUACAACUGCUCCAAAAUGCUCUUACUCUCCAGGCUGCAACGACCAGAUUUAACUUCUCUGUGACAAUAUGACUCCUCUGCAGUUAAGUCAGCGGAUCAUAAUGUCCUGAGAUUCUCUGGUCUGUGACACUUUAACAAUAUUGGUCCUAAUGGUUGUGUUCCACUGCUGGCUGGUCUGUGACAUCAUGAUGAUGCUGCUCUGCACGCCUGUCAGGCUUGUGUCACCACAGUGGUGGCUGGUCUGUGAUUUCACAGUAUUGAGUUAGUUUGGUCUGUUGACUGCUCCACUGUUGUCUAGUCUUGAUUGUAUGUCAUAAUUGUAGUAUGCCUUUACUCUACUUGUUCUCUAAUGUUUUGUUGAUGUGAUCACAAUGCUCAUAUUAUUUGAAUGUACAUAUUGAAUGCUUUUAAUACUUUUAUCUUUCAGAAUUAGAGGUUAUGAUUAAAAGUUAAAGACAUUUGUUACACUUUGGCUUUUCUACUUUAUAUAGGCUAUUUUAUUAUUUUAUACCAUAGACUAGGACCACCAUGGCUUUCCUUUAUUCUUAUCAUCUUAUUCAUUUUAUUGUAAAGUACACUACACCUUUGGUUCCAGCAGAUUUCUGCUGUUUUGACAUUCAACGACAGCUUCAAUCAGGCCCAUUUUUAUAUGUUAUCCUUACCAAUUUCCAAUUAAAAGUUGAAGGCUGAGCCUUUUAAUGAAUAGUCUGGGGAAGAAAAGGGACAUCAAUUCAAAAUAGACAAAUAUCUCAUCAUUGAAUGAAAGCUUUUGUUUAAGCAGCCUGUCCAGCUUUCUCCAAUAUAAUAAAUGAUCAGGCCUACUUUCAAAAACAAGCCACACCUCCAGUGCAUCUUACCACUCCAGUCCUCUCUGACAUUUAGAUUCACAACAAACCUAUUAAAAAUUAGUGCUAAAAGCAAUAUCAUCUUACAAAACUGAUGCAGCUCUAAUUCUUAAGUGUGUUAAUGGAAUCUGUUUCACAGCUGAAGAGCUGUUGGUAAAGACUGUGCCUUCAUUAAUUAGCAGAUAGCCUGCACGCCUUAUAUAAAGGUUAACAAAAUGAUUGGUUUGCUAUUGUUGUACCCUAUCCUUGGCGAAUCACCUAUUGUCCCUUUGAAUAAUUGAGACCAGUGAAUUUUGCCUGUUUUAAUUUUUCCUUGGUCAGCAACUAGCUACUAGUUUUGUCCCCAAGAUAAUCAAUUGCCUUGGUAACACAACCAGAGAGAGAGAGAGAGAGAGAGAGAGAGAGAGAGAGAGAGAGAGGGAGAGAGAGAGAGAGAGAGAGAGAGAGAGAGAGAGAGAGAGAGAGAGAGAGAGAGAGAGAGAUUUAUACCCACAAUGGCGACUGUAGGUAUGCUAAAUACCUCUGGUUCCUUAUCCGGGAACUACCUCUUACUCUGCUAUUGGGCCAUUGGGUCACGUGGUAAAAGUAACUUUACAGGGCUGCUCGCAAGUAGGAGGGCUUUAUGGAGCAGAAAAACGACAAAGCUAGAAAAAUUAUUUUCCACUCCAGAAAUUAAUGAUCAUGAGCUCGUAUUUGAUGGAGUCUAACUACAUUGAUCCGAAAUUUCCUCCAUGCGAGGAAUAUUCGCAGAAUAACUACAUCCCUGAGCAUAGUCCAGAAUAUUACAGCCGCGCAAGGGAGACUGGCUUCCAGCAUCACCAUCAGGAGUUAUAUCCUCCGCGGGCGAGCUACCAAGAUCGCCAGUAUAACUGUGCAAGCAUCCCUGAACCUGUCACGCCAAGGGGACAUGGAGUACCCCAUUCUGCGCACCUGCUGACAGGGAAAGGGCAACCUGCUUCAUGUGAAACCCCACAGUUGUCCAUGUCCCCCGCCACCCCACCGGCCGCAACCUCCGCCUGCAACCAAGCUACCCCGGAACAUCCAAACAGCACAGCCUCCUCCAAGCAGCCCGUGGUGUACCCAUGGAUGAAGAAAAUUCACGUCAGCACUGUGAACUCGGGUUACAAUGGGACGGAGCCCAAGCGGUCUAGGACAGCAUACACCCGGCAGCAAGUCUUAGAAUUGGAGAAGGAAUUCCACUAUAACCGAUAUUUAACUCGGCGGAGGCGCAUCGAGAUCGCCCACACCCUGGUUCUCUCCGAGCGACAGAUUAAAAUCUGGUUUCAAAACCGCAGGAUGAAAUGGAAAAAGGAUCACAGGCUCCCGAACACCAAAGUGAGAUCCUCUUCCUCCUCCUCCGGGUCCAACACAAGCUCAGCAGCCGGCGCUGUUGCCGCUGCCUCGGCCAGUAACACUGGGGCCCCCGACGAACUCACCGGAGCACAGCAUGGCGAGGAUAUUACCAGGUUAUAAAACCACGAUCGGGGGUAGAAAAAGAACUGGUUAUUUAUAGAACAAUUAUAUUUUUUGUUUUCGUAGCUAUCUUGUGCGGUUUCCUUUAAGUCCAAAGUUAUAUAAAAUGCAUGUUAUAUAGCAUGGAUUACUGCGAAUACCGAUGAAUUAUUUUUACGUGACACAGGGUUUAAUUUAUUUGAAGCUCAAUUAAAAUGAUGUUUUUUAUUAAUAUGAAGGAAAAAAAGGAGAAAAAAUAUACAUUUUAUCAAAAUGUUAUUGUGGGCCAUUCUUUUGCCCUGCUGCCCAAGGUGAAAUGCACAAUCUAUUUAUUUCAGACAACACUGGAAGGAAAUCAAUAUAAUAAUAGUUAUUUUUGGUAUUAAAAAAAAAGCUGGAACACACCAUUGAUCUUGAACUUGUAUGUUUUGGAUAAUGUGUGAAUUACCUCGUGUAUUUCAGAAACAGGAUUUUGAUUUACAAUUUAGUUUUGUGGUGUUGAUGUUGUGUUUAGACCGUUAAAAAGCAGAUUAUUGUGAAAUGCAAUAAACGGAGUGUAGUGUACUUGUGCUAAUCAUAUUGGUCAAUAAAACAGUGAGUGUCUACUAGUUUUAUA